CGCUAUCUAAAUUUGCUCUGAGAUAAUUAGAUGACCGUAAAAAGGAUGUCUUUCUAGCUCACAUCGCCAUACUUUCUUUCAGUGAAAAAUGAGUCAAGAACAACCAACUCAGGAUGGUAGUAGUGAACCUAUCAAAUAUGGGGAUGUGUUCGAGGUCUCAAGCGAACUUGCUUCAAAACCCGUAGCACCACAAGAUGCAACUAUCAUGCAGUCAGCUGAGAGUAUAGCGCUGGGUCAUGUUCCAAGAGGUGGUCCUGCGUCAAUUAUGCAGUCAGCCGCCGCUCAGAAUGAGCGUCUUGGUGCCAUAAGUCGUGAUGACAUGACGGAUAUCGCCAGAGAUAAAGGUGUCACCGUCUCUCAAACAGAAGUUGGGGGUACUCGCCUUGUUUCAGAAGCUGUCGCUGGAGAGGUUGUUGGACAAUAUAUUUAUCCAUCAGAAGCAGGUGAUGGAUAUCCUACAACAGGAGUUCAGUCGGAGUCCACUACCAUAGGUGAAGCUCUGGAGGCAGUGGCCCUGACUGCAGGGGACAAACCAAUUGAACAGAGCGACGCGGCAGCGAUACAGGCUGCAGAAGUAAGAGCUACAGGAGUAGGUGAAUUGAUGCCGGGAGGUAUAGGAGCAGAAGCUCAACAUGCAGCUGCAAUAAAUGCUCGAACCAAGCCAGAGGAUGAUAAGACCACUCUCAGUGAUGUUCUAACAGAUGCAACGAGCAGGCUUAUAGGGGACAAGGCAGUGAAGAAGGAAGAUGCAGAAGGAGUGGUGGGUUCUGAAAUAAGGACUAGGCGUGACUUGGCUACACUUCCUGGAGGCGUAGCAGCAUCUAUGGCCGUUGCAUCCAGUCUGAACCAAUUUUAAAUCAGCGUUUGAACACAAUCCAAAAUGGGUCUUUUUGUCUGGGUUCUGGUCUUUGUUCCAAGUAGUUUAAUUUAGUGUAUACACUAUCCUCUUAGGUUGUAUGCUUGUAGCAUUGUACGUGGUGUAUUGCUAGUUUUGUGAACUUUUCAUGCGUAUCUUUUUUGUAAGCUAACGGUAUGUGCAUUAACUGGGGAAGUUUAUGUUAAUAGCAAAUUCGGCACGAGUUCUUUUCUUA